GCAACCUAGCGACAGCGAGUACGGAGUACGUUUGUACGCACAAGAUAACUGGGAAGCUUAUGACCUCCAUGGCCAAGGCCGAGGCGUCCCCCUGCUGUGUUGUGCUGUUCGUUCUUCUCCCCGAAAAAUCAAUGCGGCCUAGUGGUCGGCUCCGUCGGUCAGUGGCAAGGUCACGAGUGAUGCCAAAUUCGUACCAUACGAGUGUACAUAUCCCCUUCACCUUCUAUUUCCCUCGUUUUGCCGCAUUAACCUUCAAAAAGACCAAAGGCGGUCUGUGUUUCUUCUUUCUUCAGUUGCUUUUAUUAUCCCAACCUCCUGGUCCCAGCGGUCCCAGCGGUCGCAGCGGUUCUCCCGGAACCUUAUGCAGCAUGACUUCUUUACCUACUUAGUAUGACGCAACUUCCUAAUAUGGCGCCAAACCUCCGCCUUCAGAGGAGCACCUCCCCUUCAGAAGCCCAG